AUGAACCUGACAGAGUUUAAUCAGUCUGAUCGCUGUGAUCAUUUCUCCUGUCCAGAGAGAUCUGUAUCUCCUGCAGUUUAUAUCUUACUGUACAUGUGUUCAGCUGCUGUGGUUCUGCUAACAGUGUGUGGAAAUCUGCUCGUCAUCAUCUCUGUUCUUCACUUCAAGCAGCUUCACACACCAACAAACAUGCUGGUGCUCUCUCUGGCUGUGUCAGAUUUUCUUCUUGGUGCUUUAGUGAUGCCGCCAAUGUUCAUCUGGACAAUCGAGCCAUGCUGGAUUUUUGGGAGAGAUUUCUGUGUCUGUUUUUGGUUGAUUUCUUUUUUCCUAAUGAUGAUAUCCAUCUAUAAUGUCACUCUGAUUGCUGUGGAUCGAUUUUUAGCUCUGUCAAACCCUUUUCUCUACACAAACACAGUCUCUAUGAAAAAAAUGUGUACUGUGGUUUAUUUUAACUGGUGUCUUAAUCUAGUGUACAGCUCAUUGAUAUUUUAUUACAUGAUUUUUGAAAUGUGUCCUGAAGAAUGUGUUCCUUCUCUAAAUGAGGUUUGGACUGUAAUUGAUCUCAUAUAUUCAUUUAUAUUUCCACUUUCUGUCAUAAUCAUAUUGUAUACUCGAGUUUUUGUGAUUGCUAAGAAACAUGCCACUGCUAUCAGAGAGCUUAAUAAUCACACACGGCCUAAAACACAGAAAAUCACCUCACACUCCAUGAAAUCUGAGAGAAAAGCAGCUAAAGUCCUCGGUAUUUUAGUGUCUGUGUUUCUCGUGUGUUUACUUCCAUAUUGUAUUUACAGUUUAUUAGGGAAUGUUAUUGAAAUACAAUUAGAAUCAUUUCAGAAAGUCACAAUUAUGAUUUGUCUUAAUUCCACCAUUAAUCCAGUAAUUUAUGCUCUGUUUUAUCCGUGGUUCAGGAGGUGUGUUAAAUUAAUCAUAACUCUGCAAAUUUUCCAGACAAAUUCUGCAAUAAUCAAUGUUCUUUCAUGA